AUGUCGAUUCUGUAUAGUUCUGUUGCAAGAGGCUCCACGAUUCUUGUAAGUCAUAAGAAUGAAGAGAAGCGGCUAAGUAGGGAUUUUGAAUCUGUAAUCUUGAGUAUUCUGAAAAAUAUUCCUAAGGAAAAUGGAAAGUAUAGCUAUAAUGCUGAAGCUGAUAGUACGGCAUUCCAUGUUUUGGUUCAUGAUGAAUUCACAUAUCUAUGCCUGGCCAUUGAAAUGCUUUCACAAAGUAUUGCGUAUAAUUUCCUAAACGAGAUUCGAAAUAGAUUUCAGCCUGAACAUUUUAGGAGACGCGCACUAUCUGCAGGCCCAAAUGGAAUGAAACAUAUGUUUGGACAUAUUUUAGACAGUAUAACAGGUCAUUACAAUGCAAUUUACAAAAACGAGGCUGGAGAUAAUGUCGACGAGGUCUUCGAUAAAAUUGAGGAGGUAAAGGACGUUAUGACGGAAAACGUAGGUAAAGUUCUAGAGCGAGGAGAAUGUCUAGAUGCGCUCUUGAUUAGAGCAGAUGGUAUAAAGCAGGAUCAUCUCGUUAAAUUCCAACGCCACAAUCGCACAAGUUUGGUCGGCACAAUUGGUUAA